AUGUUACAGGCUGAGACGAUAGAUGUCAGCAACAAACUUGCCAACAGCGAGGCUGAGAUUGCCAUCAAACGUACAGAGUUGCAUGCAGUCAGCGAGAAGCUUGCCGCUACGGAGAAAGAGCUUCAUGACACCAGGAAUGAGCUUGGUGCAGACAAAUCUAAGCUGCGUAUGUUACAGGCUGAGACGAUAGAUGUCAGCAACAAACUUGCCAACAGCGAGGCUGAGAUUGCCAUCAAACGUACAGAGUUGCAUGCAGUCAGCGAGAAGCUUGCCGCUAUGGAGAAAGAGCUUCAUGACACCAGGAAUGAGCUUGGUGCUGAGCAAGUGAAAUAUCGACAAUCUGAAAAAGAUUUGAAAGACACAAGAAAGGAAUUAGAAGAUAUCAAGAUUGUUGUUCUCAAAAGCGAUGAUGGGCCAGCAUAUAAGAAGUUUAAGUUUUGGUCUUCUGGUUUGUAG